AUGCGGAUUGCGCUUAUUAAUCUGCGUGCAUUUAUUGAAGAAAUCCAGGAUCCUCAAAUUGAAACUUUAAAUCGUGCGAAUGAUCUCUUCUAUUUCUAUUACUUUAAAGCUGAAAUUUCUCCCUUGAAGCCGGUUAACCAUGUAUAUAAAACAGCAACUGAUCAAGCAGUAAUUAGCGCAGAUCCCUUAUCGGGUCUUUUAUAUCAUAAUUCAUUUCUUACCACGACGCAGACUUCGGCAAAAUCACACUCAUAUUUUCCAACAGCAAAUAUUGAUUUAAAUGCUGAUCCUUACAAAUAUGAAGAACAACAUCUUUUCGAAGAGAUCUCGGAAGGCACGAUUUAUGAAAUGGAAGAAGAUAAAAGUGCAGAUAUCUUUCGAGAUAUCUUUCGUACCACUGCUUAUGUGUCUGACGAAGAACUUGAAGAGGCCUCUUCAAGAAUGCCUUAUCAGCAAUCAGCCACUGCAACUUCUCAAUCUACAUUUUCUGCUACUCCAUCCCCAGAAAUUACAAUUGAUAUAGAUACAGUUCCUUCGAUAGUUUCUUCCGAAUCCCCUAUGUCCACAACUUCAGACUUCGCUUCUAUGCCACUAGAAUCACACAUAUAUACCAGUAUUUCUCUAUCCGAAGAUGGAAGUAAAAAGAGCACUUCAGAAAUGCCGUAUCAGCAACCAGUUACUGCAAGUGCAUUAUCUACAUUUUCUCCAUUCUCAGAAAUUAUAAGUGAUGCAGAUACAGUUCCACUGAUUUCUUCUAAAUUUUUUAUAUCUGCAAUUUCGCGUUACAUUUUAACUUCAACACCAGCACAAUCAGAUAUGCUCCAAUAUUCUGCAUCCACUUCACCAAAUUCUGAUUUAAUCUCAUCCACUGAUGCAACCGGAUCAUUGGUGCCUAUUCUGUCAUAUACUUCAAUUUUAUCACCAAUAAAAACAACUCAAGCCCAUAUAGAUUCGAAAGCAGAUAAAGUUCUUAUGGCAUUUAAUGGAUUACAUCGUUUUAAACCAGAUGCGUCAGAAUCUCUUCAAAAACGAACAUCGACAGCAUCGUUUAUAACGACGCCUAAGUCUCAUUCGACUCCACCAAUCUACGGAACUCGAAAACUUGUAACCAAGAAAGAAGUUACUACAACAUCAGCACUAGGUGCAAAAAUUUUUUUGUUGCAUCCUUUCUCAAUUAUGCUCAUUAGUUUGCAUCCCUUUCUGGAAUUGAAUAAAUUGAACUAA